GCACGGUGCGGCGCGUAUUCAGUUUCUAAACGAGCGCGCUAUAAUACAGGUAGAUUAUCGUGAGAAAAUAUACAGGCGUUUGUGGUAUUUUUAAUACGUCCAAAUCAAGGUGAAAUUGAUCGAAUUUAUUGAGUGUGAAGUGAAAUGACUUCGCCGGCAGUAAACUUGCCACGGGAUAUUCCUUUGAAGGAAAAUCAUUUUAAUAAUACUGGCUUUCCUUUCGACGACGAUUUCGAUCGACGUCCUCGCCGAGGUUCGCAGGACCGAUUCCAAUCGUCGCUCGACGACUGGACUAACCGCAUCCCGGAACUAGCCGGGCACUUUCCCCGAGGUUUCCCGUUCUCGCCAGCCAGAGGCGCCGCCCGACGCCAAGACCCAGUUUUCCGCCGAUUCGCCGACGGGUUCGACGACUUCGACGGCGCGUUUCCCGGCUUCGAGGCCGCGGCAGGAACUCAGCAGGAAGUACCGCAACAAUCGCAACAACAGAGUUCUCCUCAUCAGCAGUACUAUCAAGAGCCUGCUCAGGAAUACUACCAGCCACCACCACCACCGCCGCAGCAAUCUGAAGAUAGUUGCAGCGCGCAGCAGGAACCAGCGACGAAAAACAACCUGCAGCAAAGUAACACGGUGGAUUUGGGCCAGCAGCAGGAACCGGUUAACGAUAGAAACCAACGAUCCAUGUCUGCGCCGCCAGAUAACAGACCUCGUUUCACAUCGCACGUAACUAUCCCUAUGAACAUGGAUUCGGGAAAUAGCCAGCAGGAAAAUCAGCAGAAAGCUGAAAACAAACAGCAGGAUUCCGGUAAACCCGUGGAAAGAGUGAUUCCCAUCCACAUCGAAGGGCGCGACCAGGCGUUCACGCCCAAAAACGCGGGAAGUACUUUCCAGCAGCCCGAGCCGGAGAAAUUAUUCGGCCGCCGUCCCGAGUUCUACAAGCAGUACAUGGCCAACGACCCCAGGAAGGAAUGGGCGCAGCACGACCCCUUCUCGAGGCAGUUCGUGCCCCCUCAGUUCCAACAAAGGCAAUUCUCCCAGCCUCAAGCUCCAAAACCACCUCCAAAGCCGCAAUCUCAACAGGUACCAAAACAGGAGCCCCCUCAACAGCCUCAAGCAGAAAAACAACCAACUCCUCCUCCAGCGCAGCCCCCGAAACCUCUAACUUAUCAGGAACAGAUUGAAAUCGUUAAAAAAGACGUUGACACACUCAUGGAAGAAGUGAACAAAUUCUCCGGCCAACCUAAAGAUAAGCAGUUCUUGUAUCUCGAUGAAAUGCUGACUAGACAACUCAUCAAACUGGACAACAUCGAUACGCAAGAAAAAGACGAAAUCAGACAGGCCAGGAGAGAGGCUGUAAAAUACAUACAAAAGUGCGCGGGGAUUUUGGAGAGCAAAGCCAACGCAAACGUGCAAAAACCGGAAGAAACGAUGGAGGUUGUAGCGGCUGAAGAAAAAACUGAAGAACCACAGCAACAGAUGGAUACCACGGAAAAUAAAGAAGAAAAACCCUCUGAGGCUAUGGAAGUAGAGGGCAAUCAAAAAGUUGAAGAUGCCAGUGAUGUACCGGACGAUAAAAGGGCGGUUUUAGUGCAAAAAGAAGAAUCGACGACCAGUGAAACCCCAAAAGAAGAAAACACAGUUGAAGAUACCAAAGUGGAAGAAGCUAACGUUGAAUCUCAGGUCCCUGAAGAUCAGGCCACAGAUAAAAAAGAGAAGAAGAAGGGGAAGAAGAAAUUGGAUAAAUAGCUGUCAAAUACAUGCAAAUGCAAUUAGAUUGUGAUACCCACUUAGUUGCAAAACAAACCGUCACACUACUGUCAAAUUUUCGACAUUUGAUGUAAAGUGUACCGAUUUGUUUUGCAAUGAAGUGCAUGUAAUUGCAUCAUGCUAACGAUUUAAAAGUUGCCUUACUCCUUUAAUAAUUAAUCUUGCUUUUACAACAGUCCAUAUACUUAUUUAGUGUGUAUUUAUGAGAUACUGAGAGGUUUUUGAUUUUUAUAACUCACUUACAGUAUAACAUUUUAUUAACGCGUGUAAAUAUUUUAUGAAUGAUACUCUUUGGAUACUGUCUGUGAUUUGUUGUUUUUUUUUCUUUCGAUUUUUACUUUUUACCGUCCUUUUAUUUAUUGUAAAUAAGGGCACAAUUAAUAUUUAAUUGUGCUGUAUGCAUGAGAUUUGUACAAAUAAAUUAUUUGUAGAAUAUUUUUUGUUUUAUUUUUGUAAAUGCAAGAUUGUUAUUUAUUUUUAUAGUCAAUUCACUAUUUUUACAUUAACUAUAAAUGAUAGUGCUGUAGCAAUAAUAAAUGUACAUAUAACUUAUUUUAUGGUAAGUUCUACCAUUUGGCUUAUGUGUGAUUUAAUAUUUGCAUCUAGUUGUAUGUUAUCGUUAUUUUACUUUAAAUAAACACCUAAAACAACA